UAGCGGAGCGGAGCGGUGAGGAUCUGAUCUCAGGACUUUGCUGUAUUGGUGAUCAGGUGGGACAUGGAACUCCCGGGACUCCGCUCACCCGCCCCACACUCCCCAUUAUCUGCCUAACACUCGGAGAGAGCGAUGAGAGGAGGACCCGGCGGGCAUUGUCUGAUGCUGGAUGUGUGGGGUCCCCCGGUUGUCCUGGAAGUGUCCGGUAUGUGAUCCGGAGGUGAGUUCAGGGAUCGCUGCUGGGCUUGCUGCUGAGCCGACCAUGAGCCCGGACAGUUGUGUGCUGCUGGACUUAGAAGGAGAGAACUUCCCUCUGUCCUCCUCCUGCUUCAACCACAGUGCCAACCACUCAGCAGAGGACUUCUUCUACCCUGGGGUCACCUAUGCCAUCGUCCCCAUCUAUGGACUCAUCAUCCUCAUCGGCCUCAUCGGCAAUGUCACCCUCAUCAAGAUCUUCUGUACUGUCAAGUCCAUGAGGAAUGUCCCCAACCUGUUCAUCUCCAGCCUGGCCCUGGGGGACCUGCUUCUUCUGGUCACCUGUGCCCCUGUGGAUGCCAGCAGGUACCUGGCCGAUGAGUGGCUCUUUGGUAGGGUGGGCUGCAAGCUGAUCCCCUUCAUACAGCUGACAUCAGUGGGGGUCUCAGUGUUCACCCUCACCGCACUGUCCGCCGACAGGUACACAGCUAUUGUAAAACCCAUGGAUAUACAAGCCAAUAAUGCUCUGACUAAGAUCUGCAUCAAAGCCGCACUUAUCUGGUUAUUAUCCAUGACUUUGGCCAUUCCGGAAGCUGUUUUCUCGGAUUUGCUACCGUUUUAUGACAAAGAAAUUAACAAAACAUUUGUCACCUGUGCCCCCUACCCUCAUUCCAAUGGACUACACCCAAGAAUCCAUUCGAUGACUUCCUUUUUAAUCUUCUAUAUCAUCCCUCUGUCCAUUAUUUCAGUAUAUUACUAUUUUAUUGCUCGAAAUCUGAUUCGGAGCGCAUACAACAUGCCAGUGGAAGGAAAUGUGCACGUUAGAAGACAGAUUGAAUCCCGAAAGCGGCUUGCAAAAACAGUCUUGGUGUUUGUUGGACUAUUUGCAUUCUGCUGGCUGCCAAUACAUGUCAUCUAUAUAUACCGCUCCUACCAUUAUUCAGAAGUGGACACUUCCGUCCUGCACUACAUCACCAGCAUCUGUGCUCGGGUGUUAGCUUUUACUAAUUCCUGUGUAAAUCCAUUUGCCCUAUACUUGCUCAGCAAGAGUUUCAGGAAACAGUUCAACAACCAAUUGUUCUGCUGUAGGCCCCGGCUCAUUGUCAGAUCGCAGAGCAUGGGAAGGAGCACCACAAGAAUGACCUCUCUGAAGAGUACCAACCACUCAGUGGCCAGCUUCAGUCUGAUUAAUGGCAAACAUAUCUGUCACGAAGGCUGUGUAUAAGAUCCAUAUGCUAUCCUUUCCUGAACAUUCGUACACUUCCACCUCCUUACUUUGUAUUUCUGUAUGUGUAAAUAAGAGAAGUAUUAUGAAUAUCCACACAGGGUUUUUGUGUGAUACAGGGAAAUUUAGCAGAUGUUGACAGUUGGUAACUCUCCAGCAAUAUAGUUUUACAACAAUCUGGUCACUUGAAUAAUGUUAUCUAAGUGACAGGAGAACCUUAAAGCUCAUAUACCUAAUUUUAUCUUUCAGACCAUCCCAUUGAGCUCCCAGACACCAGGGUACUCUUUAUGCAAUGGCAGACUUCCAACAUCGGCCGCUCUCUUUUGGAUAUCUCCAAUUAGAAGAGAGGCCUAUGUUGUGGGGUGUGGCACAGCUUCGAUAUGCGAGCAGGGGUAUUUGCAUGCACAAUGCCAUGACAGAUUAAAUGGGUUGUAAAGGUUAAUUUUUUA